GCUGGGGCACCUGUCUUUCUUCGAACCCUACCUUCUCUCUGCCACCACCUGUCCUGCCCCGCAUUGUUACGCUGUAGAUGCCAAACUUUGAUACUUGGGUCAUUGCUUUCUUCGAUCUAUCGUGGUGCAUGUUCAUAGAGUACGUCUCGCAGAAUUCGAAGUCUUCUUGGAUCAGUUUCGCUUCUAAAAAUUGGUGGGAGGUUGGUCAGGUGGUUAGCGUUGCGGAGCGGGUUCUAUUGUGGGUAGCAUGGCGUGAGCUCGCUGGCUGGUUCAACUCAUGCACGUAUGACUUUACGAUGAUGUUUCCUGUUUUCCGUUCGGAAAUCAUAUCACGGGUUGUGUCGAUGACCUAAUUUGGGAACCCCGUAGGCAGCGCGAGGAUUUUCGUAGUUUACAGAUAUCACUUGAUACACCACACUUGUAGAAAUAAUGGCUGUUCAAACAGGCGGGUCGAGAGGUUUACAGUUAUGUGGUUGCAUCGUUACUGAUGAGCUCGAGGCCGUGGGUGCUGGGAAAACCAGAUGGCUUGACAACCCAGUCAUUCUAGUCGCCAUGACGCAAGAGCAUUUGGCUAUAGCCACUGACCAGGUCAUAAUUAUGCAAUUAACAUGGAAACAGCAGCAGGCAGAGAAAGAUACUAAGCCCUUUGUGCGCAAAGUUGGGAGCUGUCUAGAGCCCGAAGAGAAGAUGACUGCAAUGGAAUGGGUGGUGUUUGAUGGCGCGAGUCUGUUGGCUGUGGGGACUUCCUUCGGAGCUUUACUGCUUUUCUCACAAAAGGGCACUCUCCUAAUAAAGCAGUAUUUUCAUUCUGAUCCCGUUCUCAAGCUUCGAGUUAGAAGUGAGCCACUGGGGAGUUUGGGGAAUGAUUCUUCCGAGGAUCUUUGCCUCAUAUACCCGAAGGCGAUUGCUCGAAUUGAUGCUAUUGAUCUCAAGAUUUUAGGUCAUAAGAAACUGCGGGAAAGGGAAGGAAUGGAGGGGGAAGGGCUGCUUGGAUGGAAAGUUGGUGGAGACACACAAGACGGCGAGGCGCCUAUUAACCGGCUGCCGUUCCUAAUGUGGAAUAUCAAUAGGACGGCUGGAGCUUUGGCUUGUUCUGAUGGAGCAUUAGCUGGAAUCAUGCCCCCUCCGUUGUUGGAGCUGCAGGGAAAACGACAUUACUGUGCUCUAACUGUGGGGCCAGAUUGUACACUAGCAGCUUUCAGGGUAUCAGGAGAGAAACAGGGUAGCUUGGUGAGUGCGAUUAUAGACAAAGUGAUGCCAGCUAGUGUUACGAAAAUUUCGAAUUUGGCUAAACGAUUUUGGCAGAAGGACGAAUCGUCUGAAUCGAAUAGACCACUGGAAGUUAGUCCGCAAACUUUUUCAAGAGCUUCUGUUAUUACAAGCCUGAAGGACAACAUGAGGAAAGGCGAGAGGCUUGCAGUGGCGCCUGGUGGCUCUUUAGCUGCCAUUGCAGACUCACUGGGUCGUGUGCUUCUCGUCGAUGUGAAUGCUGUUGUAGUUGUUCGCUUAUGGAAGGGCUAUCGUGAUGCUCAUUGUCUCUUCCUGGAGGCGCCUGUGGAUGGAAGUGCGGACUAUGCAGAUCCACAAAAGAAACAUCUUUCUCUGAGACGGCAACAAUAUCGGUUAUGCUUAGCCAUCCAUGCUCCACGGCGAGGUGUAAUUGAGAUCUGGCAAAUGCGACAUGGAGGAAGAGUGGCUGUAAUUAGAGAUGGUGAGAGCUGUCGAUUGUUACAACCAGCUUGUCAGCUUCGAUCUGUCGCUUUGGAACUGGACACUAAGGACGAUGAGGAUGAGACAUUUGAGCCAGCACGAGUAUAUUUUCUACAUGGUGAUUCUGGAAGUCUUUCUUUGAUCAAUCCCUUCAUGCCUAUCAAAAAGAGGAUGAGUUGAACUGAAACUUCAAAGUUUGCUACUGUUUUAUUGCACUACACCAGGUUCCUGCGCUUCGACCAGGUGGAAGUCACUUCAACGUGUAAUUUAUUGAGCAUUCAUUAGAACUUUUUGCACCAUCAGCAAGUCGCAUGUUCUGAGUCUGAUCCGGUUUCUCUUCGGAAUACCACGCUCAAUGUGUACCGUCUGUUGGCUUUUUGAAAUCUAACCAUUAGCAUGCAUUAGCUCCAAUCCACAAGUAAACCUGAGGAUUGUGAGACAGCAAAAGUAAUAUGAUGACUGCUCUUUACUUCAUAUUAGCAGUGUUGUAAAAGAUGGUUAUCAGGAUAUCCUAUAAUUUGACAAGAAACUCUUUCUCCAUUUGCACAGUCUAGAACAGUUUAGGAAAUACCAGGAUUGGGUGAUUGAACAUUUUACAUUUCCACUUCUGUCAUUAUAUUCCUGACUGCCAUUACCAAUCCAACCAAAUGGCUUACUCUACAUUUUCUAUCUCUGUAUUUUACCAUA